AUGUCGCUCGAACCACCAACAUACCUCACCUCGCUGCAGAACAAUAUCCGAGCUCGACCGAUACCAUGGGAGGGUGCCGUGAGGGCGGGGAACAUCACAGAAGAGCAGCUUAGACGGGUCAAGGCAGUUGAUAAGGUGCGGAAGGAUUCAAGGCAAAAGACAAUCGAGAAGGAUGUCAACGCGUACACUUCGUUGCUGGCUGGUAGCGGGUCGGAGAAGAGUAUCCUGGAGUCUGCCACUCGACGAACGGACAUAAUACAGUAUAUCCUGGUUCUUGCUGGGGAUCUGAUCAAUGAUGUACCAGCUCUUACAUCUGCCCUGGUCGAGGGUAACGAGAGCUAUCGACACUUCCUGCCUCUUCUCACUAACUCCACCACAGAGGAUCCGAUUCCACUACUCACAUCAUCACUGUUGGCUAAUCUCGUGUCUGCAUCGCUAAGAGCAACGCCUAAAAUAUCACAGAAGGACGAGGUUGCGCUUCCCAAGCUGUUCUCUUAUCUAUCUACUUUGACCAAGAGCGCGGAUACAGGAUUGCAGGAUAUCGGAGUUCAGGGAUACUCGGCCUUACUCAGGACAAAGAGGUCAAGAGAGAUCUUCUGGAAGGAGAGAAAGGAUACCGUUGAGCCCUUGAUUGGGAUUCUGCGCGCGGCAGCUGGGGCGACCAAGGAUAACGGUUCGUCUCUGGGCGGUGGCCGAGCCGGUGAGGCUGGUAUCAGCGGUGGAGUUGGGAUCCAGCUUCUAUACCAUGUGCUACUUGUGCUAUGGCAAUUGAGCUUCGAAGGGGACCUGAUCGGUGCCGAGCUCGAAUCGGAACACGAGAUAAUCGCACUGUACACCAACCUGCUGAAGCUCUCGCCAAAGGAGAAAACCACCCGUCUCCUCCUCUCUACGCUUAGGAACUUAUUAUCCCUGAGCAAAACGAACCUUCUUCCCAACGCGGUGGUCGUCCGCCUACCGGCCAUGCUCAGCAACCUGAACAGCCGCCAUCUCAGCGACCCCGACCUUCUCGAAGACCUCUCCGGCCUGUCUGACAUGCUGGACGAAUACACCAAGACACAGACGACAUUCGACGAGUAUGCUGCCGAGGUACAGUCCGGCCACCUCCGCUGGUCCCCUCCGCACCGCAACCCGACCUUCUGGCGGGAGAAUGCACGACGGAUCCUGGACGAGGACCGCGGGAGCCUGCCGAAGAAGCUGGUCGAGAUCCUGUCGAAGGACUGGGAGACGGACAAGCAGGUUCUGGCCAUUGCGUGCAAUGACGUUGGCUGUCUUGUGAGGGAGGUGCCUGAACGACGACACCAGCUGGACAAGCUCGGCCUGAAGGCGCGGGUGAUGGCGCUGAUGACCGAUCGGGAAGAGUCGGUGAGAUGGGAGAGUCUCCGGGCGGUGGGAGAGUGGCUGCGAUAUACAUUUGAAGGUUAG